GCACGACGAAGAACCAUUUCGAGCGCCGCCACCCCGUAGUGACCUCCAAACGUACAGCCCUCCUACGUGGCGCAUCCCUUUGGACCGCGUAGAUAACCGCAGUUUGCCCAAUUUUAGCCGCAACAGAUGGAGGGCACGCAAUAUUAUAGCCGGCUGGUCGAGCUGAACAUGCUAGCCGAAAGCAUCUUCUGCCAGAACAGGCAGCUCAUCCUCAUCGACAAUAACCUGAAUGGCGUCCGAACCACCAAGGGGGGGUACCGGCGAAACGAGAUUGACAACAGAGUGGGAAAGCUGGGCACGUAUAGCAACUUGUUCAUCACGCUCAGCAGGGCCCAGAUAAACGAGCACCUGGAGAGCGUCGAGAAGGUCCUUUCCGAGCGAAGAGACAAAUUGAGGGAGCGGAGGAAAGCGCUGAUUAGGGAGUUGGUGAAGCUGAACCCCAGCGUGACGGAAAUGCCCCUGGAGGAGGCCAAGUUUUUGCUCAGGUGAGGGUCAGAAGGGGGGGAGAAACGAACCGACGAAGAGACGAAGUGAUGGAGAGGCGGACCGACGAAGUGACGAACUGACGAAGGAAGGAUGCGCGCUCUCCCCCUGAGAUGCCAUGAUUACCACAACAGGGUGAUCAAAAUGGGGAAGCGAGAAGGGUCUAGACCCUCCGUUGGGGUGCCUGAACUGUGCACAUACGCACAGUUGUUGUUGAGGGGCAGAACGAAGGAUGGUCAUUCCUGAGUAGCCUCCCCCGCGUUACGUCCAUGUGAAAGAGGUUUUUUUGUGUUAAGUUUUUUUUUUUUUUUUUAAGCAAAAAAUAUAAAAAAUGGGAAAAGGGGCAGCUAAGUCAAUGUGGACUUUGUUGUGCCGUAAAAUGAGGAUGAAAGGGAAGUGGCGUCUUCAGAGAAGUGGCCUCUCCAGAGAAGUGGCCUCUCCAGAGAAGUGACCUCUCCAGAGAAGUGACCUCUCCAGUGGAGUGUUCUUUCCUUCCCCCACGCGGGACUCCUUUUUUG